GGCUCCCGGACGCCGAAGAAGCAGUGGUCGCUCAACGACUUUGACAUCGGCAAGCCGCUGGGCAACGGCAAGUUCGGCAAGGUGUACCUCGCGCGCGAGAAGAAGACGCACUUCAUCGUCGCGCUCAAGGCGCCCGAGAGGGUGCUCUUCAAGAGCCAGCUCACCAAGGCUGGCGUCGAGCACCAGCUGCGGAGGGAGAUCGAGAUCCAGGCGCACCUGAGGCACCCAAACAUCCUGCGGCUGUACGGCUACUUUUACGACCAGACGCGCAUCUACCUCAUCCUUGAGUUUGCGGCAAAGG